AUGGAAAAGGUGACAUCCAGACUGCCGUCGUGGGACACGACCAAGACCAAGAGCAAGCAGGGAUUCGACAAGGUCUGGGGCUGGGCGGACAAGCUUGGCGCGCCCGUCAACCGGUUCUCCAACCGCAUCGGCAGCGAGGCCUUUUGGCCGACUACGCUUGACAAGGAAAGCGACAAAGCAGCCCGUAUUCUCCGGUCCUUUUGCAAGGAUGGUUUCUACACGGAAAUCGAGAAGCCCUCCGGCCCGGACCGCGACGGCCCAAAGUCGAAACAGCGCGUCAUCAAAAAGAUUCCUCAAAAAGUCAUCCAAAAGGCCGUCGGCCUCGCCAUAUUCACGACCAUGCGCACGGGUCUCUGGAUUUCGGGCGCCGGCGGCUCGGGUGUCCUUGUCGCGCGCAAGGAGGACAGCACGUGGUCUGAGCCUUCGGGCAUUCUUCUGCACACGGCCGGUCUCGGUUUCUUGGUUGGCGUCGACAUCUACGACUGCGUUUUGGUGAUCAACAACCGCAAGGCGCUUGCGUCGUUUACAAAACUACGGGCCACGCUCGGCGGCGAGAUCAGUGCGGUGGCAGGUCCUGUCGGCGCGGGCGGCGUGCUUGAGAACGACGGCAAGUGGAAAGAGAUGAACCGGCCCGUGUUCACAUACCUCAAGUCGCGCGGCUUCUACGCAGGCGUCCAGGUCGACGGCACCAUAAUCGUCGAGCGGACGGACGAGAACAAGCGCUUCUACCACGAAGAGAUUACCGCCGUGGACAUCCUGGCGGGCAAAGUGCGGCACCGGCCGCCCGAGGUCUCUAUGCUGAUGGAAACGCUAAAGGCCGCCGAGGGCCGCACCGACGUCGACGAAGAGCUGAUGGACGAGCUUGAGGGCCAGCCGGCGCCUGGCGAUGUCGAUAUUGAAGCGCCGGUCUCGUUGUUUGGUGUGCCGGACCCCGAAGACCCGGACCCGUACGGUGUGUUGGCUCUUGAAAAGGAAGGCUUGGAGAUUCGCGAAGCCGCCACCAACUCCCGCCCGGCUAGCGAGGUGUUCGCCUUCAACCCGAGUCCCAAGAGUCCCGUUUACAGCGCCUUCCACAACGGCCACCGGCGCACGCAGAGCAGCCUGAGCCAACGCUGGAGCAUGGACCGCCGACCGGCUGUGCCCAUGGCGGACAUGGCGACGCAAACCGACCCCGUACUGAUUGAGCCACAUCCCGAUGCCGAGGCCAUCAUGGCAGCCAUGGCUGCGGCCGAGGCGGCCGAAGCAGAGCGAGAACGGGAAGCUCUGCGAGAGAAAGAGCGACAAAAAGAGGCAAGCAACAGCGCAACGGGUUUGGUGGUGCCCGAUGCCAUUGAUGAGGACGAGGAACGGAGUGUCUAUGAAGACGUGCCGGAUGCGCCACAAGUCGACUCGGACGGUCCUGGAGCGCGGGGCGUUGCUGUCAACACCAACCCGUGGAGCAACGAGAGCGGCAACCCGUACAGAGACGAAGCCAAGUUAAAUGCUGUUUCGUUCCCAAGAGGUCCCCCUCCGCCACUACCGCCACGGACGGCUGUUGCUAAACCGGCCGAAGCGUUUGAGGAAGUCAAUCUAAACGGCGGUGAUUCUCCGGUGACGAAGACGGACAGGUUUGACGAUAUUCUGUUUGUCGAUGAGGACGGAGCAAACGAGAAGGAGAAGGUGGACACGGGGAUUGUUGAGAAAACGACGGCGGAACACAACGGCGAGAAAGAGACGGACAAGGAUGUUUCUUCAAUAACGGAGCCUGCCGAGAAAACCGAGGAACCGUCCGAAAAGAUAGCUGCAAAAGCUGAGGAAACACUCGACAAAACGGUAGAGGUGAAGACGGAAUGA